GGAUGAACCUUCGGGAUGCAGAAACAGGGAAAAUCCUGUGGCAAGGAACAGAAGAUCUGUCUGUACCUGGAGUGGAGCAUGAAGCUCGAGUUCCAAAAAAAAUCCUGAAAUGCAAAGCAGUGUCUCGGGAGUUAAACUUUUCCUCAGCAGAACAAAUGGAAAAAUUCCGACUGGAACAGAAAGUUUAUUUCAAAGGGCAAUGUCUAGAAGAAUGGUUCUUUGAAUUCGGUUUUGUGAUUCCUAACUCCACAAACACUUGGCAGUCCUUGAUAGAGGCAGCACCUGAAUCACAGAUGAUGCCAGCUAACGUUUUAACUGGUAAUGUUAUUAUAGAAACCAAAUUCUAUGAUGACGACCUUCUCGUAAGCACUUCCAGAGUGAGACUUUUCUACGUUUGAGAUGGGGCUUUUUGGAGCUGUUUUAGUUUUCCUCCAUACAGUUCUUGGUGCAGAACCCCCUGACUAUCCAGUGGAAGACACUCCUGUAGGCGGUGACCCUGGGGACCAGCUCAACGUGGGUUGUGACCUUUGCCCAUCAGUUAUUUUGCUUUCUCCUCUGACAAGACCAGACCAAACCCUCAGAGACGGGACCAUCUGCUCAGCGAUGCACUGGGGAAUAGAGGCUGUCUCUGAACACGGGCAAACGAUGGUCAUGCAGAACCAAUACUGUAAAUUAUGUUAGUCUCAUCCUUUGUACUUCUCUGGAUCCUGGUAUAAUCUCCCAUUUCCACUCACACCAAACUCUUAAUGCGUUUCAUUUUUAUUUUUCUCAUGUUGUAGGUUUUUAUCCUUUCACUGGAUUUCUCUGUAACUGGUUCACACAUCCUCUUACCCUGAACUUGUAAAAUAGACUGUGAUAUCACCUAAUGUAAUUAAAACAAAUUUCUCAAUUAAAACAUUCCUACCGUCCAAAGAAGGGAA